AUGUCAAGACAUGAUACUUCAUCAUCAUAUGUUCAUCAUAAGAAGCAAGCAAAUUAUCACGACAAGAGAAAUGUUUUGAAUAAAUCAAAUUUGGUGGAACCCAUUAUACGACAUCGUAUACAAGACUCAUUAUUUUAUAAACAAUAUUUGUUCUUGACAAAUGAAUCAACUAUAUUACCUAUAAUUAUUGAACAUGUAAAAUAUGUAUCUGGAGUUGAUUCAAUUGGAAGACCAUCACCUUUUUUACAAGUACUAUUGAGAUUGCUAGAAAUUGAACCACUGCCAGAGGUUAUUAAAGUGUACUUAAAUCAACUUGACUUUAAUGAAUUCAAAUAUCUCACAUGCGUGACAUUACUAUAUAUCAGAUUAGUUUAUGAACUGGAACAAAUAUAUAAGAUAUUUGAUCAAUAUCUUAAAGAUUAUAGAAAGCUAAAAAUCAAAUCAAAAAAUCCAGAGUUUAACGAAUUUAAACAACCAAUAUUUUUCAAAAUUAUUUACAUGGAUGAAUAUAUUGAUGAAAUUUUGAACAAUGAUAGAAUUUUUGAUAUUAUAUUACCUAGAUUGAUACCCAGAAUCCAAUUGGUUGAAAGGGGAUUAAUUGGCCCAAGACAAUACUUUAUUGAUGAAGAAGAAAUCAAGAAUGUUUUGCAAAAUGGUAAAGAUGAAGAGAAAGUAAUUGAAGUACAGAACCAAGAUAACGAAAGUGAGAGCUCUUAUCAAAGCGAUAGUGAUUAG